AUGUCAAAGCACACCCAUAGCAAGCCUAAAAUUCUCUCAUUGAUGCCGUUCAAGGCAAUUGAAAUGGAAUAUCUCAGUGACUUCAAGACUCAGUUCAUAAUUGAGGAGCUGAAUGUCUCAAAUCGUGAAGAAGCUAUAGCGGCUAUCAGAUCAAAUGUUGUGGAGUCUGGGCCAUAUGACGCCUUUAUUGUUCUUAUGGGCACGAAACCAUAUGAACCUUUCACUCCCGAAUUCCUCGCUCCCCUCAUACCUCAUUGCAAAACUAUAGUAUCUGCAUCUGCUGGAUAUGACAAGUUCCCUAUCGACUGGCUCACCGAAAAUGACAUUUGGUUUUGCAAUACCCGAAAUUCCGUCUCUGAGCCAACAGCAGAUAUGGCAAUGUUCCUCACUCUUGCAGUCAUCCGGGAUACUUCUCGAGCCGAGAAAUCUGCAAGGGCUGGUUUGUGGCGGAAUGACCAUGUGCCAUGCACUGAUCCAAGCGGUUUGAAAUUAGGCAUUAUCGGGAUGGGAGCGAUCGGAAAGCACCAUGCAAGGAAAGCCUCGGUGUUCAAUAUGCACGUUCAAUACUACAAUCGCCGCCGAUUGCCUCCUGAGGACGAACUCAUAUACAAUGUGACCUACUGCGAAACUCUUGAAGACCUCUUGAGAACUUCAGACGUCAUCUCAGUCAGCUGCCCUCUCGACGCAACUACCAAAGGGCUGCUCUCUCAUAAAGAGUUCGCUCAGAUGAAAGAUGGUACAUUCUUAGUCAACACUGCUCGAGGAGCAAUCAUCGACGAACAUGCCUUGAUUGCUGCUCUGGAAAGUGGCAAAGUUGCUCGAGCAGGCUUGGACGUCUUCGAGGAUGAGCCGGAGAUCAACAAAUAUUUUAUCGAGAGUGAUCGCUGUAUCAUUCAACCGCAUCUGGGUGGUUUGACGCAGAAAGCCAGACGCGAUGCUGAGAAGGAAUGUCUUGAGAAUAUCAAGUCUCUCUUCAGUACUGGUCGGCCAGUGGCACCAGUCAAUGAGAUAAGCCGGAGGUAG